GCGAGAAGAAACAUGGCCGACGUCGAUCGGCAGAUCGAACUUUUGUUCUUUGAUACCUUUUCACAUGAAAAUGCAGAGGAGCUUAACUUAGACUUGGUACAGUUCCCUUGCCCAGUGAUAAUCUAUGAGGUACGAGUGAUUCCACUCCGAACACAGGUCCAGGCAGACUUUCCUGGAGGCGUGAGACUUGGAGCUACCAAUCCCUCGUCAUUCAAGUUGGAGUUGUAUGCCAACAAUCUCAGCACACCAAAUGCCUCCACCUUUCAGAAGCUGGGCAUCCUGGACUACAAGGAGAAUGUCACAAUUAUGAUGAAGCCAGAUGAAGACGUGCCGACUGAUGGCUUGAUACUGAAGGGUUGGUACAACACACUCACCCUGGCAGUGUAUGGCAGCAUGACAACCGUGGUGAUGAAGCCGGAGAGAGAGUCCCCACCCCCUCCACCCCCACCAAUACCAGCACCCAGGCCAAAAACACAGGAGAGCCGUGCCUCCAGCACUCCCGACUCCCACCAGGAAGUAGAGGUGAGGCCCCCACCCAGACCUGCACAACAGCAUCCUCUGGAUCUCCUGGAACAGGCCGUGCAGCAGCAGCGCCAACAGCAGCAGCUCCAGCAGCAGCAGCAACAACAGCAACUUCAACAGCAACAGCAAGUUGCUCCACCCCAGGCACAACCACCAUUCCUACAUGCCCCUCCCAACCAGGCUCCACCACCUCAGCCUGUGCCACCUCCUUCUGUCUCUCUUGUCCCCCCUCCACAACCUGUCCCCCCUCCAGACAUCAUGUAUCGCUCCGUCCCUGGGGCGUUUGAUGCCCCACCUCAGCCGGUUCCACCCCCAGCUAUAUUAGAACCUGUGAGAGACUUCCCCGCUCUUCCAUCAAUAGCUCCUGUAGAACCACCUCACGAUCCCGAGCCGCACGAACAACCUCCCAGAGAGUUCCGAGACUUCCCACCGGAACCAAAGGAGCCAUAUGACUCGAGGGAGGAAACCCGGUCCCGGGACUCCUACGACUGGGACUACCACAGAGACAGGGACCGUGAUAGAGAUAGGGAUGUUAAGCCUCGGAGAAACUCCAGAGACAGUGACAGUCGAGAUUAUUCCAGUUCCAGGGAGAGUUCCCGGGAGCCUAGAGACUACCGUGAUAGAGACAGAGACAGAGAUUAUUAUAAAGAAAGAGAUCGGGAAAGAGAGCGAGACAGGGAGCGAGACAGGGAAAGGGAACGGGAUAGGGAACGGGAAAGAGAAAGAGAACGGGAAAGGGAAAGAGAUCGGGAACGGGAAAGAGAGAGGGAGAAACAGAGAAGGGAAGAGAGGGAACAAGAGAAGGAAAGGGAACGUCUCCGGGCGUUUGAGGAAAAAGAGUCGAGACCUCGCAGUCCUCCACAACCACCGAUUCGGAGAAGGUCAUUUGAGCGAUCAAGGUCAAGGUCACCUAUCAUGCGUGAAGUGCGGCCCCCUGAACCACCACCACCUCCAGAAGAAGAAACAGAGCUGGGUGAAAUCCUGGAUGAGGGCCAGGAUGAAAUCUAUGAUACUCUUACCCCAGAUCAGUCUCCCCUUGAUGCUCUGUUUUCUGAUGGAGAACUGCCGGAAGGAGAGGAUGGAGGCUAUGAAGACAUCUCGUCAGAGGACGACCUCAUGGGGGAGGACGCAGACAUCAUUCCAGGCAUGGAUAUCUACGAGCUGGGUGACGAAUCGUGGACAUAUCCAGGAUCUACUUUCAAUCCACUUCAUACAUUCAUAUCUCCGCUGGCAACUUUCUGUGACCCGUCGUCGACCCUGUAUGAGCUGGAGGUGACAGCGCUGGAACAGGCAGAUGACAAGUCAGGGGAGACAACUGAAGAGGGGACAGAUGAAGGUCCAGAGGAAGCUGUCAAACUUGGGAACGUCCUGAAGCAGUUCACUGACGAUGACAAGCAUGAUAAGUGGGUUGAAGCUUUAGAAAAUGUUCCUGGGUACCUGGUGAAAGGAUUGUCCUACCUGUUGGUCCGACACCACAGGACAGAUGUGUUGAAUACACUUAUGAUGUGGGCAAUGGAUGGCCUUGACCUUGAACAAGCCAUGCAGCAACCAGAAUCGGCAUUCAAAGUGCGUCACCUGAAGAUGGGGAUACGGCUUGCCGGGAGCCUGUGCAGCCUCAGUCCGGACAUCUCACUCAGCAUGCUGAAGCGGGAUGUCCAGCACAAGCUGCUCGACCUGUUCCUGUCCCCGUACAUGGCGUUCAGCGUGAAGCAGCAGAUUGUAGCCGCUCUCGACAAGACCCUGUGCUUCUCCAGUGGUCUGCUGUGGUUCCUGGGCAAACACCCCCAGCAGACGGCCAAGAAGGAGGAUGGCACGGAGGCUGUGUGCUGCUACAGGAGGCUGAUGGACAUCAUGCUCACUAAACAGUUGGCGAGAACAAGCGUUGCAUUGACUGCUCUGAGUCGGAAAAUCCACACCUUCGACUUGUUCCAGACUCUGACCCACACUAUAGACCAUGUACUGGACACACUCCCCCCUCUGGAAGAUGAUGAGAUGAAAGGGGCGGAGGGGGAGGGGGAGCCGGCAUCACCCCCCUGCAUGGAGGAAGAGGAUGUGGACAAGUUGGUGGCCGCCUUGGAGGAAGUGACCAAGGUCUUCAUGCAUGCAGCUGAAAUGAUUGCUCAGCCACGUCGUGGACUUCCAGGGUCUCAUGUGUUCUCAUCAGGAGACCCUCCACCCAUGGACCCCCUACCCAGCCUCUUCCAUACAGCUUACGAGUGUCGCCUGCUGGAGAGUAUUUUCGUGUUGACAUCUACGCCAACAACAUCGAGUCAGCCCAGCAUCUUCACUGCGGUACAGAAACUGCUGCUGCAUCUGAUCAAGACUCAGCAGGGGCUGCUGUUUCUCAGCUGGAAGCCCGACACAACCAACGGCAUCAUCAGGUCCCUCAUACAGAUGACCGAGGACAGCCCGGAGGAGGGGGUGGAUGACAUGCCGGCCAGGCAGCUGGGGCUGGAGCUGGUGUAUCACCUGCAGACCCUCCAGUAUGUCGACCAUCUCCUGGAGUACCACAACAAGCAUGGCAAAGCUCGACCUCUGGAUGAUCCCGAGCCACUGGGUAUUCUCCAGAACCUGUUCUCAAUGACCUUCACCUCUGUGUCACGUGAUGCCAUAGCUAUGUUCAGUACGAUGGGUCGCGAUGCAGUAGUACAUGUCCUCAGUCAGGACAACAACCUCAGCGUCCUCCUGCCAUUCGUCGAACAGUCAGGUGAUGAAGAUGGAAACCGCCGCCUGAAGAAGUCGGUGUGUGCUGGCUACACGACCCACCUGCUGUGCCUGGUCAUCAAGCUGUCCAACAACGUGGUCAUGCUGGAGAAGUUUGCCGCUCGGAUCCUGGCUGUCAGCGAGCAAGAUUUCAACAGUCGACUGACUGAGCUUGAAGAGUGGGUCGCGCCCUUGAAGAAAGUGACUUGUGUGUCCCGUGACAAGAUGUCUGAUCUGAUAGGUCAGCUGAAGAUGUAUUCUGAGGAUGUACACAAGCUCCCCCCUGGCCUCGUCACCACUGUCCGUAUCCUCCAUUACUUGGCUGUCCCUCCAGAGAAGCUGUACACACAAGAUUCUCAGAGUGAGAUGAAGUACAUGUACGCCCUCGUGGAGCUGUAUAGCGAGGAGUGCUUUCCCAUCUUCCUCAACUUUCUACAGAAGCUCAGUGAGAGCCUGCUGCGCCGCUGGCAGAAAGGCAUCCAACUGAGCAAUGAUCAGAUGUCUCGGUACUUGGCCAUCAUCCAGCCGUCACUGUCUAUUGUGAAGAGGACCAUCGCCUUCGUUAUAGAGGGCAGGGGAGCAGAGUUCAAGGACUUGACAGCCCUCCCAUCCCUGUUUGAGCUCCAUACAGUGUUGUGUUCAGUACCCAUCAGUGUUAUGCACAGUCAAGAGAUUGCAAAGAUCCAGAAGGACAUUGUGGAUGCGAUCCUAGCCUACACCCAGCCAGCUCUCAACCAGGACGCUGCCACAGAAGAAGGACUAGCACAGAGCUUGUGGACAAUGAUGUUGACAGACCUGUUGAAGUAUGCCAAGAAAUUACCCUACACUUAUCUCAGUGGACUCAUCAUGAUGUCGGAGUUACUUCCCCUACCACUGCCUCUUCAGACGAAAGAGCCAUUGGAUAGCCCGGAAAUAAGUCAGGUCGUGAUGACCCGCAAGUUGUGGAGUGCCCACCUCCAUCCCCUCUCCUCUCUCGUCAGUGACCUCAUCAGGGCCUGUUCAGGCUCCAGCUGCCAGCCUCUCCAGCAGAUGUUGUGUCGUGUGUGUUGGCAGCUGUCAGACCUCGCCUCCCCCUCCGCCAUCAUGAUCACAAGGUGUCUGCUCGACAUCAUCAUUGAGCACUGCAGGAUUCUUCCGGAGGGAGAGAAUGGGGAGGACAAGGAAGGAGAGAAGGAGCCAGCGGUGAAGGAGGACAUAUAUCCCUUCAUCAGGGCCGGACAGGUGACAAAGUCCCUCAGCCUGCUGGGCUACCUCCUGUCCCAGCCCACCAUCAAGAUGGCCAUGUUGCAGCUCAUUAGGGGAAGCUGUCCCGAGGAUGAGAAGUAUACCACUAUCGUGCCCUUCAUGCUCAAUCUGCUGAACGAGGUCUCGGACAGACCCCCUCACAUACAGGCACAGGAGAACGUGGUGUCAAUCCUACAGAGUCUCUGUGACACAGAAAUAUCUCUAGUCUCCUCGGACACAGCUCUCACCGAACAGAUAAUCAGCAACUCACUGCCGGAGACGGACAAGCUGAAUACUGUGAUAACAGCUCUCCUCCAACACAUGGGGAACCCCGACCACGCCUACGCCUCCAUCCUUCCCUGCGUCCGGACACUAGUGAUGCUCACGGACCACGACUAUGGCUUCUACAAUCUUGUCAAAUGUCUGGAGAAGAACACGACCGUGUUCAGCAGCCUGCUGUCCAGGGUGAACAACACCUUCAGCAAGGACAGCUCCGACUGCCUCUCAACUCUCUCCGUCAGUCUCGACUUCCUGCGUCUCCUUGUGUCGCUCGACCCACCGGAGGAGGAGGAGGGCGUGGCACGCUCCUACAUCAUCAACAAGCAGCAGCUGAGGGGACUGUUGUCAUGGACACCAGACCAGGAUCACCCUCUGGACGAUCUGGAGAAGCUUCUGGAGGUGUUUGCCAAGGAGGAGGAGAGCCUCGAGAGCCUGCUGGAGAGCAUCACAUCCCUCACCAAGAUGCUCCGAGACCCCGACAUCACUCCAGGAAAAGAUCUGACGGAACCGGAGCUGUCCCCACCGGAGCCUCUCAGUGUGUUGUUCAACAAGCGAGCUGUGUUCACUGUCAGUGAUAGUGAUGAUAAAAGACUGAGCGCCACCUACUGGCUGGCUAAUCCAAUCACGGAGGAACCAGACUCCGAGCCGGAACUGGCACGCUGCAACUUGGAGGAUCUGUGUUCAAAAUAUUUCCCGGAAUUUGAUCUGGAACAAGAACUGAGAAAAGACUCUAUGCCGUCUGCUGAAGACAUUGUUAAACCUAGGAGACUCAGAGACCGGCGCCGAUCUCAGGAAGUGAUCAAUAUUAACCAUCGUGGCAGGAGAGGAAACAGACCAUUUGUUGCACCAAUGCGAGGAAGAGGCAUAACUCACGGCAUGAUGGCCUCCAACCGGUCCGACCCGUUCCGGUCUCGACCACCCAACACUAGUCGUCCUCCGUCCAUGCAUGUUGAUGACUUUAUCAAGAUGGAGAAGAACCAGCGUCACCCUGACAACAACCCCCAGGGCCAGCAUAUGCACACUGGACCGCCACGCCGAAAUGACAAGGAACAAAUGAGAGGUCGAGGCCGAGGCUUUGGGGAUCGUGGAGGAGGUCGAGGAUUCUCCAGCAGAGGGCGCUUCUUCACUCCACCUGGGAACUAUGCAAGACGGGACCAGGCACAUGGAGCUGGCAGCUCCCGUGGUGGUACCAGUUCCUACAUGGGCAGACAGAAGUACAACUUUGCCAGUCCCAGGUCCUUCCAGAGAGGAGGGCAUGGUGACCGAGCCAGCCCCACUGACCGCCGCGGUGGGGGCAACAACACCGGGGGGAGCCGGGACUCACGCUUCACCCCACGCGGGGGACGAGGAGGAGGAGGAGGCAACCAGUGGCUUGGGAAAGGGAAGGAUGAUUCCAGGUUUUCUGGCAGUUUCCGGGGACGAAGAGAUUUCAGUGGAGGCGGAAGACAUUUCCGGUCAUUUACAAAAUAAUUGCUUCCGACCUUGUAACCAUGGUAACAUGGCUUUCCUUCAUGAUGCCAAGCGUCAACCCUGGAUGGUGUCAUCAAGCCAGCUGAGGUCACCAGCUUCCUGCAGCUACAGAUGUGUAACAAUCCUGACUGAAGAAGUGCUAAUGUUUUAAUUCCAGAUAUCAGUGUGCUAUAUUGCCCAUGUCGUAUGACCUCGUUUCACCUGGGCCCUUUUACCUUGGAGAAACUUAACAUUGCUAUAUUUUACAAAAUUAGAACUCUUCGCAAACUUUGGGCUCUGUGGUUAAAUUGCUAUAAAAUAUGGCUCUGCUAUCUUGUAUUAUUGUAGAUAUUAUGUUGAAAAAGCUGUUACGAUGUUUACUAGCUGAUGAGUCAGUGUGCUUGGUCGGCCUUGGUCUGGAAGAGCUAGUCAACUGCCAGGAAUGGUGUUUGGUGGUGUCCAGCUGUAUCAUAGGGCAGGACUGUAUUUAAGUUUGUAAUAUAAUUUCUUUCAAAUAUUUUAUAAAAGUAUUAUAAUUCUGAUGUUUUUGAAGACGGAAUUAGGAAUACAUCUGCAUUUCAAGACAAAACAUUUUGUGGACUAUUUGAGUUCCAGUGCUAUUAUACUCUAGAUGUAUGAUCGUGCCAGGUUCUGUUUGUAACCACUGAGUUUCUGCAGCAGAAUGGGGCAUGGGUGUCCCAGCUGUCUACAGAGCUCAAUCCACUGUGUGACUGAUCUGACAGAAAAAUAUGAGUGUGGGUUCAAAUCCCAGAUUUAUCCUGAUUGCUUCUAGGUUUGUGUGUGUUAGGGUGUCACGAAAGUGAUGGCAUCUAAGACCCAAGACUUCCCUCCAACAUCAAGCUGACAUGCCAUUACAAGCAACAAAGCUGUGUUGAGUCGUACUCACGCAUCGAGUUUCAGCAACCACAGCCUGCUUGCUGCUUCUUGUAUGUGAAGAAGAUGCUCUCUCUGACAGACCAGCAUAUGAGUAUUGAGCCAGCAUACUGUCAUGUUUACUAUGUAGAUACAUAUAAAUCUACAUGAUUGUCUGCAUGACUGUAAUGAAAUAGCAGUAUUUGUCAUAUCUGACUGAUUCCAUCUCUUUGCUAUACGCUGGUUCUGUGACAAUGACUUGAUAAGCAGAACUAUUCUUCUAUUGUGCUAUUUAGACCAUGAUAUAACUGGAAUACUGUUAAAAGUGGUGUCAAACCCUAUUCACUCUCUCCAUUGUGCAUUGAAAUAUCAGUUGGACUGCCGUGGCAGGGUUGGAGAUACAGCGUGUCCUCAUCCGCAUGCAAGCCUCUCCCUGUCAUGAUACAACCACUGCUUGUACAUCACCAGUUCAGACACCUGGUGACCAAUGCCAGUAAAUGCCAUCUCCUCUUGCCUCCUCAGCUCAGGGCAGGUUUUGUUUUAGGUGUGACUACAAGAUGACACUGACCUUUAUGUUCCAUGGGCGAUAUUGCUUGAGUGAGGCCACCUGUCUCCUAGGAGAUAUCACAACUAUAUUGCAUCUCAAUACUUUGCAGACCAUUGUGAUGUCAUAGGUUACAAUGACAUCACAAUCUCUCUGCCACUGAAGAUGGUUAGUUCUACUUUCAUGGUCAAUACAAAGGUUAUCACUGUUUACAAACUAAAAAGUUCGAAAGUUAUUUUGGAUGAUAAAUAGAAUCUCACCCUUGUUUCUAUUGACAUCAAAUAUAUCAACAUUGGUUGAUAAGAGAGUUAUACUUCACAGCAAGUCUCAGAGUUCUCAACUUUGUUGUUAUACAACAAUUUGAUUUGAUUGUGUUUGAUGUUAAAAUACGAGUGAGAUUCUCCAUAUUCGUCUUAAGACUAAGACUGCUUUGAGGAGAGAACCUAGUUGCUCAUAUAACAGAUGUUUUAAAUGAUGGCAUCCGCUGACCAGAACUGAAUACUGGAGAGUGUAUAUUUUGACGAAAAAAUAUUAUAUGUGCUUCAUAAAAUAUCAGAAUACAAUUGAAUUACAGAUUUUAAAGAUGAAUCUGAUUGAUGGAAUUGUUUACACACGUGUUGUGUAUUUCAGUUAAUAGCAUGUCGUCACCACCUGUCAAAGUGUAUAUUAUUUUUUAUGAUGUGUAUGAUCAUAUUCUCAUAUAUCAUUCAUUGCUACAAUUUUAUUUAAAUGCAUAGAAUUGUAGUGCUACAUGAAGUUUCAUGGUGUAAUAAAACUAAUCACAAA